GACAGAGGAAGCUUGGAGAGAAAUCAAGAGGCUCGGAGCUGCUCAAAAGGGGUUCAAGUAGCCCUGAAUUAGUCAAUUCUUUCUAUUUUGCUCUCCUCUGCUAAUAAUCACAGAGAACCUUCACGAUGGGUUCUUAGCAUCGGAUGACCACGGGUAUAUGUGUCUUCUUCAACACCCAAGCCAUCCCUGAGAGCAAUUGCUCUCCUCUCCUCUGUUGCUUCACCUCUCUUGGACGAUUUCGUGGUCUCGUGGGUCAACUCCAGCCAAAAUUGAAGCAUUUCAAACAGGGAUCAAAUCAAACUGUUCCGAGACGAUCUGAGGCAAUUGCAUUGAGUAUCUUAGAAAAUGGAUGGAGCUCGCAUCCAUAGUCAGCUAUAAGAAGGAUUAAUCUGGGAAGCAUACAACAGGAGAUUAAUGAUGAGAGAAAAUACAUGCACUGAAGAGAAAGCAAUGGAUCUCUUGAACCAGUUAGAAUUUAUUCUGGAAUCUGAUCCUCUCAUUGAUGAAGUAGGUUUUAUUCACCCAUCCCAGUUUGUCACACUCAGUGAAGAGGUAGACGGUUCCUAUACCUUGUCAGAACAUGGAAAUUCAAACCAUGAGAUGUUUGAUGUUAAUGCUUUGGAGCAAAAAAAUACAAAAUUUUGGAACAGAGAUCAUAAGUUGGGCAUUUCUACUCAAGUCCUUCUUCCACUUUUUGGGGCUGCCAAAGACUCAUUUGGGGCUGCAAUUAGACAGUAUAAGACAUUUACCAGCUUAUCUGGUAAGCCUGAAGGUCAGGAUAUUUCGUGUUGUUCUUCGCCUUGUGUCUCCCUUGAAAGUGAAGUUAUGAAGCAUAGCAGGUCUCUUCUGUUGUUGAGUUGUGAUUUUGGGACUGCAUGGAAUUCCAGGUUCUCAUCUGUCAAUAUUUUACUGAUUUCUGUACUUCUUACGUUGUUUGUCCCCUUAAAAUAAUAACAUUGAAUUUUGGAAGAUGAUUGGAAGUUGUUUUCAAUUGCUUUUAUGCCAUUUUUACUACAGAAAAAUAGCCUUUUUUACGUCACUUUACUCUUACUUUGUAGUGGUUUCAUUGUGAAAAAUUGUCAAUAUUCCUGGCCACUAGCAAUGUCUUGUAGAGUUAGGUAUGUGAUUUAACAAUUCAUGAGAGAAUAACUAGUUCUCCCUUUUCUAAACUUGCAAGUCGGAAUGAGUCAAUGGAACUGUGGAAAACCCCAAUUAUCAACAGUAUUUUAUAUUUUAUCUUACAUUCUUCUUGAUGCAGGUGCAUUGGAGUUUUAGAGUAUUUGUUUUGCAGUAGUUAGUCUUUCAUUUGAAGUUUAGCUUUUAAUUUUAAGGGGUCAUGUGGUUAGUCAUGUGGUUAGUAUGGGAAUUUUAUUAGAAUUGGAACUAGCAGGUUUGAAUUAGGAAUCUUGGCUACUGUUAUUGUGUGUGUUUGUGUUUAUAUAUAUAUAUAUAUAUAUGUAUCUAUGUAUUUCUUUUUAGAUCCCUAUGUAUCUAUGUGUUUGUGUUUAUUUCUCUCUUUUUUUUUUUUGUCUUAUUUUCAGAAUAAACUUCUUGUUGAAAGCCUAAGUUUUCUUGGUCCCGUCUUUGAUUUUACGUGGUUCUUAUUGUCUGUUUGUUCAACCCCUGUCUUCUCUGCAUCAUUUCAGAUGAAUUUUAUAUUUUUUCUUCUUGGCUUUAUGUUAUACUAUAAGAUUCAGCCCUCUGAAGGUGAGAUAAAUUGAGUCUUAUUUC